UGUGAAAGUUAAUAUUAUCAAGAAUAAAAAAAUAUUAGAAAUGAGGGAAUUUCAUCCUUUUUAUAUCGCAAAAUAUCCAGAUGAUUCAAUUUAUGUUUAUAAUUUAGGAAUAGCAGGUGAUAUUCUUGUUUCAUCUGCUUCAGAUAAUACACUUCGUUUAUGGGAUCGAGCAACACUUGAAACAUAUAAAGUGAUCAAUGAUGUACAUGAUCAUAUUUCAGAUAUGAAAAUAUCAGGAAAUAAUUCUAUCAUAACAUGUGGAAAAGAGGGAGCUGUAAAAAUAUGGGAUAUUCGAACUUUAGGAAUUUGUAGAGAAUUUAAAGCAGCAAAGAAAAUGCCUAUUUUAUGUAUUUCUGAAAAUACAGAAAAAACAAUGAUUGCAGGAGGAAGUGCGUUAUUGGGUUCAGAUGCAUGUAUUUUUUUGUGGGAUCAACGAAAACAAUCGCUUCUUUUUUCAUAUAAAGAAUCACAAAAUGACGAUAUUACAGACGUACGAUUUGAUUCAAUUCAAUCUCAUCGUUUAUGUUCAGGUGGAUGUGAUGGUUUAAUCAAUAUUUUUGAUACACGAUUUUCCAUUGAUGAUGACGCCAUUAUAAAUGUCUUUAAUAAUCAAUCUUCUAUACAUAGAGCAGAUUUUCUUGGUCCAAAUAAGGUUUUAGGCUUAAGUCAUAUGGAAACCCUUUCUCUCUACAAUAUAAAUGACAUCUCAAAAAAUGAUAUAGAUGAUACAAUAGAUCCAACAUAUAUUUCAUUAGGUGAUUUACGAUCUAAACUCGACUGCGAUUAUGUCAUUGACAUAAUACUAAAUACUACAAAAAAUAGUGCUUAUAUUUGUUCUGCAAGUUAUACUGGAAAAAUUCGUUUAUUUGAAUUUUAUGAAAACACAUCAUUUAAUAAUGAUCAACAAAUACUUUUACAAGGUCAUGAUAAUUCUAUUGCUCGUUCUCUUGUUUUCGAUCAACAGACUCAAACUAUUUACACUGGUUCUGAAAACGGUGAAAUACGGGCAAAUCAAUAUAAAUCUCCUCAAGAAAUCUCCCCUCCCAUAAAAAAAAUAAAAUUACAUAACUAAUUCUUCCUCCUUAUAAAUAUUCAAAAAU